AUGCGAGGCCAUGCCGCCGUCACCAAGAUGGCAUUCGCCAAGCCCACGCCGGACGACACGCGCCGCCUCGACAUGGAGAUCGCCAAGCCAACACCCGAUGACACCCGCCGACUCGAGAUGGCGAUCGCCAAGCCAACACCCGAUGACACCCGCCGCCUCGACAUGGAGAUCGCCAAGCCGACGCCCGAUGACACGCGCCGCCUCGAUACGGCCACCGGCAACUUGCGCGGCUAA